GUACGUUUUUUGCAGAUCUCAGAUCAGAUUUUUGCAGUUUGCGGGCUCCCCUCUAGACACGCCGUCAAUCAAAUGACCAACCGCCAACAACGCACUUGCGUCAGACGCACAUGACGUCGUCAACGUCAAGUUCUCCAGCAGCUUCAUGUGAACGUAAUCGUGAAAGCUUUCAAGAUGAUUUCAUCCCGUGGAUCAUUUCGAGGUUCCAGAGGAGUCUCUUUUGCACAUAUCCUCAUGAAGAAUGCACCUCCAACCUCAGGACUGACUAAAUCAUACGAACCACUGUCUACCUUGGAUAGUCCUAGCAAAGAUGUCUUUGACCAACAAGGGAAAAGUACAUUUAAACGUGGUUAUUCUGUCAAAAAUCCAUCUUCACCUAAAGUGCUGAUUGACAAAUACACACAAGGCGAGACGGACGCCGUGUCUUUGCUCCAUCAGCUUGCCCAGAUUUUGCAGUUUCAUUUGGAAAUAAAAGAGACAAUGACGACAGGCAACAUAACGGGGCUUUAUUUUGCCUUUUGUGUUGUGAUUGAUGGAGUCGAGUACAAGACUGGCAUGGGAAUAACAAAGAAGGCGGCUCGGCUCAAAGCGGCGCAGCUCGCUCUGCCGGACCUGCUGCCCACCUUGGAGAGUCUGAAGUCUUUCCUCCCUGAAGCAUCAGAUGUCCCUCCACCACUGCCAGUGAAAGAGGAGCCCUCCAUCUCUGACAUACAACCUUGUAGAGCCAUUCACGAAAGGACAAGUUCCGUCAACCUCCAGAUUCCCCACUCUGUCAGGGAUCAGCUCACUAAACUAAUGAACAGCCACCCAGAGUUCUCUCCCUGUGCAGGCACCACAGCAGCAUUCAUCAUUCAGACUUGCAGCGGAUGUGAGGUGGUCGCUCUAGGCACGGGGAACUUCAAUACCAAAGAGAGUGCCUCGUCGAGUGGACGGAUUGUUCACGAUUCGCAUGCAGUGGUAACUGCAAGGAGAUCACUUAUGAGGUUUCUGUACCGGCACCUGCUGAUGUUCUUCAGCAAAACGGCCAAUCUGACGGAGAAGUCGAUCUUCCAGCAGAACAGCAGCAGCGGCCUCCUCAGCCUGAAGAGCGGCAUCACCCUCCACCUCUAUGUGAACCAACUGCCAAAGGGUGCCGCCCAGAUGCCUUCCAAGCUGUGCCUGAAACCGCUCUCCAUUUCGGCAUGGCAAGUCAACAAUGAGAUCAGCCUACACCUGUCAGUGGAGGGAAAGGUGUUCUCAGUUUUCUCGUCAGCCUUUGAUCACUCUGCCUCCAAGGUGGUAAGCAUGUCCGCCACAGACAAGCUCACUCAGUGGCAGGUGCUGGGGUACCAGGGAGCCUUGCUCAGCCACUUCAUUGAGCCCAUCUAUGUCCAAAGCAUCCUCAUAGGGGACAUUGGCUGCAGUGAUGUCCAUGGCAUGAAAAUCUCUGUGAGCCAGCGCGUGGAGGGGAUCACCUCCCAGCUGCCCAUGUUCUACUGCAUGAUGAGGCCUCACAUCAGCCUGGUUCCUUCUGUGGCUACCAACAGCAGCGACGGAUGCCAGUUGACCUACGGUAUCAACUGGAGCGAAGGAGACAGCUCCCUGGAGGUGGUGGAUGGCCUGAAGGGCAAGACCCUAGAGGAAUCUCCCUUUAAGAGUGGCCCUGCUCUUGCGAGCCGUCUGUGCAAAGCAGCGAUGCUGCACCGCUUCAAAUUGGUGGCCAAAGAGGCCCAGAGGCAGGACCUGCUGGCCACAAGCUCCUACAGAGAAGCCAAGAGGAUGGCGAAGCCGUACCAGGAGGCCAAGAACGUGCUGAGGGCGUACCUGUUGCAGCAGGGCUUUGGUUCCUGGCUGGUGAAGGUUUCUGUUAGUGAUAAAUUAAGCAUGUGAAUAAAACCACAUUAUCACUUUGGAAAAAAAAAAAUCAACAUUCUGGAAGUAGUUGUGUUCAAAUCUUUAAAAAACAAAGUUUAGUUAACAAGAAGCACUUGUUGCUGUGGGACUUUACUGUGCUGGUAAUACGUUUCUGUUGUGAAUUCUAAAGGGAUUAAAGUCAAUCCCUGUUCAUGUUUAAGAGCCAUUAUGUGUUUGUGAACUCUGACUAUGGUCUUUGACCCUCAGGGUUAGGUUUGAUUUUCAAAAGAAGAAUACAAAUAGUAUACAUUUGUAUAAAAUAGUCAUUUGUAGAGGCAAACAACUUGUAUUGCAGCCCACUACCUGCCUUGGGUAAUAGUGCUGCUUCCUUCAGUUGUCACAUGGUGAUGAGAGCAUGCAUUAUUCACAUUGUUUUACUGUUUAAAUAAUAUUUUAUGCUAUUAUGUCUACAACAAUGAACAAUGUAUGAUCAUAGCUUUUGUGUUUUACUUUUGAACUUUGCGUUUAUGGUCCUGAGAGCUCUGAAGGAUGACAAGUAAGUUAUGAUUGUUAUAUGACCUGAGUUGGGUCUCACUAAAGUUACUGUUUGUGUCUUCAUCUUUUUGGGAAAAAAAAGUCAUCAUAGUUUUUGUUCAUAUUCAGUGAUUUGAUUUAACACUUGAUACUGAACAGUGUGUGAUUUGAGCUUUGGUAAGCCAUGGCUAAAACAGUGAUAUAAACCAAUAAAAUAAAUCAAUCCAAGGUCAA